AUGGACAGUGGGAGCUCAGUAGAGGUCCUAUUUUAUGACACGUUCAAGAGGAUGGAGCUAUCCGACAUUUUGAUCCCUUGUACCUAUCGUAUCUACGGCUUCAAUGGUAUAGUGACCGUGCCAAAGGGGGAGGUCACUCUCAGAGUCUCGGACGGACAGGGAUACUUGGAUACACUUACCACCUUCUGUGUAGUGGAUGUCGUAUCAUCCUAUGAAGCCAUCAUUGGAAGGCCAUGGAUCGCGGGUAUCAAAGGUGUGGCGUCGGCAUAUCAUCAGAAAUUAAGGUUCCCAUCUUACCGAGGGGUUGUGGAGGUACUAGGAGAUCCACAGGCUGCAAGACAGUACAUGCAGCUGGAUAUUCAACAAAAUGAGGAAAUACGGUCAAAACAGCGCCGAGAAAAUAACAAAGCUAAGGAAGCUAAAGCAGCAGAAGAGUUGGAGAAGGUACCCUCACAAACCAUUGCCAACUACGAAACAGGCGAGCAAGAUAUUUUGUAG